GAGCCGGCUAACCGAGACGUGUCCUGGGAAGUCUAGAUAGAGUCUGGGUCUAAGUUAUUUUUUUCAAAAUGAGCUCAUCAAGCUCAAGUGAUUCCGAUAGUAGUGAGAAGAGCGAGGCACGAGAUUUGUCGCGACUUUUGGUGAUAGAACCGUUGUAUGGGGGCGGCCACAAGAAGAUGAUCGAUAGUUUGCUGAAAAUAUGCCGCAAAGUUGAAAGAAAGGUUUAUAGAUCAACUCUCGCUGGCGUGGCUCAGAGGCGUCCCAAAUGGAUUAACGGGGUUCAACUCAAUUAUAAAUACGCCAUUGAAGUUGGACCUAAAAAACGAUAUACUUUAAUUACGAUGCCGCCAACUAAAUGGGAGUGGCGUUCAAGGUGCUCCGCUAUGUAUUUGGCGGAGAUAAUACCUCGAGAUCAUAGUUACGAAAUUCUGUUCUGCUCGUCAGUGUUGCCACUAGCAGAACUUAUCGGAAUUAGGCCAGAUCUGGCGCAUUUGUUUAAGAUUGUAUAUUUUCAUGAAAAUCAUCUUGAACUAACUUUGUACCCUUACGAAGAUCUCAACUAUCACCUAGGUCAUAGCGAGAUUAUGACAUGUCUGGCAGCGGAUCAGGUUUUAUUCAACUCUAAUUAUCAUGCAGAGUCAUUCAUUGCUGCGAUCAGCAAACAUAUGGCGAAACAGCCAGACUUUACGGUAUCUAAUUUGGAAAAAAAGAUCCGGAAUAAAAGCCAGGUGGUGCACUUCCCAUUGGAUCUACAUACAAUUGAAUUGUGUACAGGCAGUGCGAAGAAACGAAGGAAGCCCACUCUAUGUAUUAUUUGGCCCCACCGCUGGGAGUUGGACAGGAAUCCCUUGAUGUUCUUCAGAAUCAUCAAACGCAUGGAUGAUGAAGGCUAUGAUUUCAGGGUUAUCAUGCUGCCUUCAUCGUACAUGGUUGACCCACAAUAUCCCUUGCAGCUCCAGCUAAUGGAUGACAUACCCAAAUCCCGUUUGCUGGUCCUGGACGACAUUGAAAGCAGUGACAGAGCUUACUACGCAUCGCUCAAAUGCGGUGAUGUUAUUUUGUCGACAGCGAAACACGAAUUCUUUGCGCAUCAGAUCAUGGAAGGAAUGUAUUGCAAUCUGAUCCCCGUCAUUCCACGUCUCCCUGUAUAUCAGGAGCUGUUCAACGAUAUCAAGGACGUAUAUGAUAAUGAAAAUCAACUGUACGAGAUUCUAGUCGACCUUUGCGACAAAAAGAGAGCAGGCAUUCUUGAUGCUGAUCCUAAUUACAAGCGAAACACCUAUCGUUUUGAGAGCUGCAGAUGGUUCCAAUCCUUAAUGUCAGUCCUCAAAUGUAAACUGAUAUAAGUUUACAGAAGACUUUUAAUUCACGAUCGUCACGUCCUCUCACCAUUCUUGGAUCAACACAACUUACGUAUGGAGCAGUUCCCCUCCUCGCGCUGGCUACAUCUCAAGAAUGCCGAAAUGAUCACUGGCUGACUUGGGAUCAUAAUAAUCAAUAUAGGUACCUUAACCAUGAUUCAAUAGAAGCUGAUAACUAUGUAAAUAAACAUUAUUACACACAAUUACACCAUAAUCAUACACAUUAUUUAACAAGGUUAUGAAAUCAACUCAGAAAUACUUAAAAAGGGUACUAAAUAGGUAUCUAGUUGAAUCAGCUCCGUGAUCUUUACGCACAAUAAAUUGGACCAUCUAGCUAGGUAUCUACAAUAAUUUAACUUUCCGAUUAAAGAAAGCUUUAUUAUUCGCACCAUUAGGGACCGCCAGUACAUAGACCACAAAUACGGCAAUAUUAAUCAGUCAUAUUUGUUUACAUGAUUAUUGGCGUCUAUUGAAUCGGACUAUACAUUUCAAAAUGAUGUAUCAAUCACUGUGCCAACAGCGAAGUAUUUUGAAUUGUAAGUAAUAGAUAUUACGACUUUACUUUCACAGAUGCGAACUUUUUACACCAUGCCAAUAGAAUUUGAGAAAUUGUCAAUAUCUGAAAUAUUGAUUGAAAUGUAUUACGAGUAUAAACUAUAAGUUGACGUUAUAUUACUUUGUCGUGAAACUCAAUUUUAUAAAUAAAUAAGAACAGUAUUGAAACCUGCUGAUGACAUAGGUCGGCUUAGUUUGUAAAGUUUGCAAACUCUAUUGGUGUGGAUCAUUUAACUUUUGAUCAUUAUGCAACGCGAACGCUCAAAAGUUAUUUUUUUAAUAAAUAUAAAUCUAAUCUAUAUCGUCGGGCGGACUCAUCCACAAUGAUACUCCAUUACUUACUACCCCGCGGGGUACCGGGUAGUAGAAUAGUGCCCCCCCUUUCUCUUCUCGUGGGUGUCGUAAGAGGCGACUAAGAGACAGUCAUGUCAAGGAAUGGGCAGCAGCGUCCCUUGAUUAACAUCUACGUAUACAACAUCUAUACGACUGCGACCACCAACCGUCUGUCACGGGAGGUGAGACUGCAUAAGGCUGCAGUGGUGAGAUCGAACACGUGAACACGCAAUGUUCAGCAAAAGAGUUUUUGGUCGGGUUCUAACAGCUGAGUGGUUUGAUAAUAACACGAAAGGUCCGGCAGCUUCAUAAGGAUAUUCUAUCUCCAUUACCAAACAGAAACCUUAUGGUUUACCAAUGCUUCGAACUAUAUUCUGCUAAGAAACACAGGAACUGUGAUGUUUAAUUUUACAUGGCUUGAUUAGACACACACAUCAGGAUGUGUAAUAUUUAAUUUAAAUUGAUAAGAUCACGGAAAGACUGAAGAGGAAUUUCGAAAUUGAAGAAAGAAUGUUUGUUGGAGGUGGAGUAUGAAAGGAAUAUUUUGCAGACUUAAAUCUGAAAUAAAUAAUACAUCAUUAUUACCGAUCACAAAUUUUAUCGUAAAGCAAUAAUUUGGACUAUAUUCACUAUGCAACACCUUUACUUGAACAGGCAUUGCUUUUCGAAAGAGUUUUUGGUCGAGUUCCAACGUGAUACAGAUUUAAAUUAACAUCUGUGAGAAAUUGAUAAGAUCGUGUAAAACCUAGACAAGAAUUAAACAUUUUGGGAAAGUAAGUUUAUAAUCGGAAGUGAACGUCAUGUGAAAUAAAGAUUUCGGGUCGACUGGGUGAAUAAUGAACAGAUGCAGAACACAAUCUUACAGCUUAAAAUCAGAAUUUGGAUUGGGAUAACUGAGACUCGCUGAACAUAGUGUUAUCCGUGUUCGAUUCCAUCCAGGAAUAGUCAGAAGAACACGACUAUUAAACUUAUGUUUGUAUCCUAACUUAAUUUCAUAGGUUUUAAUAAGUUUUUAUAUUACUUUGUAUUUGAUUACCAAAGCAUGCACUAGCUUGCUGUGGUGAAAUUUUAUCACUUCAUUGACAAUUCUUAAAUUCAAUUUUAUCAUUUCUACAGAAGCAAUAUGCUUCUUAUUCCUCUAUGAGUGUCAUAUGAAAAUUUCUAUGUCUAUUUUAACCGUGCAAUAAAUAUCUAUAAAAUAAGAUAAGAUAAUAUUAUAACAAAGAAAUGCUGCGCUGAUAACAACCCAAAAUUUAAUACUCUACAAAAUCUGAAGUUGGAUCAAGAAUAAUUGCCAGAUACUUUAAAAUCCAAAAUCACCGCAACAUUUCUUAAAAUUACAUUGGUGUCUAUGCUAUACCCUAGUUGGAAAGAUUCCGCAACUACGGGGAUUUUGAUUCAUAACAACUUUGGUCUUGACAGUUGACGGAAUUUCUGGUCGAUUGGUAAAGCAUUAUGGAAAAUACGGGUUAUUUAACGACGGUUAGUCGAGUUGAGGAAGCUUCUACACGGCGAUGUUUGAAACGUCUGUUAGACACGGAAAUACAGGGGUCCUAUGGUCGUGUCUCGAUGAAAUUUUUGAUCGGAGUAAUCUUUUUUGAAUUAAGAGUACAUAGCAAUGGACCUAGGUUCAUCAUCCGAUGAGGCAGCUCGUAAGCAUUAUUAGAUUAAGAUCUCUUCGACUUUGUUUCUCGUGCAAUAUACCAGCACCCUAACUUUCCUACACCUAUUAUUCCUUCUUUAUCUUUACCUUCUUUCCUCAUCACCUCAUUAUUCCUCAAACUUUAUCCUACAAUUCUAAUUUAAACCCUUGUCUCUUAUUACCUUAAAUUAGGUUUCUGUGACAAAGUCCUUUCUUAAAUUCCUGUUUCGUAA